AUGGCUUCUUUACAGCUUGAUUAUCUACUGUCUGAUGAUGACGAGCCUGAGGUUAUCCCUGAAACCCAGAUCAGCGUCCCCGAGUCUCGCCAUACGCUGCCAAGGCCCAUCGGCCCCACAGGCCCCUCCGAGCCCCCGGCCGCCGCCUUAACUACCGCCGAGUCAACUACUGCCGAGCCACCUGCUACACUGAUUUUUAUGCCACUCCCCGCUCUCAAUCAACAAUACACCGAUAUCAAAGUCGCAGUCCGUACCAUCAAUGAUUUCGCGCGUACGCACGGUUACGCCGUGUCAAUCUCACGCUCUAAACGUACAAAGCGGGGAGUGAAGAAGACCGUCCGGCUCCGCUGUGAUCGAGGCCGCACACCACACGAUCGACUCGGCCACGAGCGCAAAAGGCAGAGGACCAGUCUUGCAACCGGGUGCCCAUUUGCAAUUUCUCUUCGACUUCAACAUGAUACUAACAUAUGGCAUCUGACUGUGGAAAACGCGGGCCAUAAUCAUGGCCCAUCCCCGCCGGAAACCCAUAUUAUCCAUCGCAAGCGCGAGCUUGAUACGAAGGCAGCUGAGAUCCGCAAGCAGCUUGAGCAAGGUCUUACUGCCCGCCAGAUCAUUUCUAUCGCCCGAGCCAAUGAUCCUACGUCGUGUCUUCAACCCUUGGAUAUCUACAACAUGCGGAGGCAGCUUAAUCGGGAAUCGGGAAUUCCUGGCUGGUCGUACGCCUCUCCAAGCGUUGAUGAUGGGGCUACUAACUGA